AUGUCAACAGAAUAUACAAUUUUAGACUCCUCGACUUCUUCACAAUCUUAUUCAUCUAAUAAACAAUUUUUUAAUGAUAAUCAAAACGGUUUAAUGAAUAAUUUCAUAUCGAAUGUAUAUUCAGCUUCAUUAUUUGAACAAUUACCAUUUUCUGUGAAAAAUUUCCCAACAACAGCACCUCCUUUAUUCACAUCAUCAUCAUCCUACUCCUCCUCGUCCGCCGCCGCCGCCGCCAAUACUCCAUCAUCAUUCCCAUUAUCGUCUAUAACUGAGAGAAAAUUAACCAAUUUGGAAAUUAGUCAAGAAAAAGAUAUUCAAAGUGUUAACAAUGUUCAAUUGUAUCCUAAUAAAUAUAAAUUAUCUUUAUUAUCCACUCAUCAAUUAUCAAAUAAUCACAUACAGUUAGCAUCAACAACAGAGACAAAUAUCCCAUCAACUCCUAUUACACAAUCAAAUGAGUCUAAUAAAUCAAUAAUAAAAAAAGAGAAAACUUAUCAAAAUAUACAACAGAAAUACAUUAAAGAUUGUACUGGAUGUAAUCAACCAAUUUUAGAGAAAAUUUAUCUUGGAUUAUCUGAUGGACAAUCAUGGCAUAUGAACUGUUUAAAUUGUAAUACAUGUGGAAAGUGUUUAGAUAAAGAGAUUAGUUGUUUCAAUAGAUAUGGACAAAUUUAUUGUCGAAAAGAUUAUGAACAAAUUUUCGGAUUAUUUAAAUCUAGACCAGUUUGCACACAAUGUAAACAAUUAAUCAAUUCAAAUGAAUUAAUAGUACGAUCAAUAAAUCAAUUGGUAUUUCAUUCUAAUUGCUUUUGCUGCAAUAUAUGUCAUCGUAUAAUGAAAUGUGGUGAUCGAUAUGAAUUGGACAAUGUCAGUCAUCAACCAAUAUGUUGGGAACACUACCAGCAAUCUCAUCACCAUCAUCAUCAUCAUCAUCAACUGGACUCAUUUCGUAGUUGUACGGAUCGAUGUGAGGGUAUUAAAUGUACAGGAGAAAAUGAUCAUAGAGAUGUGGAAAAACUAAAAGAACUGAGUAGCCAGAUUUAUCCAGCUGGCGAAAAUACGGAUGUGAACCUAACCCAUGCUAAUGAUAUUCUUCCGAUUCGUAAUUCCGACCCUGAGGUGGAGGACCUACCGACAGAAUCCUGCGCUCGAAUAGGUAUCCCAGAACCUGGUAAUAAAUUGAAUUUCACUGAUUACGGGGCAAAACAACACCGAUUAAAAUCUUCAGAUAAUAGCCUUAUUGAUAAACAAUUGUAUACCGAUGAAAAAAAUAGUAAAUUUAGUUCAUGUUUCAUUCCAUUGAUUGGUAAUGACAGUUCAACUGUUGAAUUAAUGCCUAGUUAUUUAUCCCAUAAACCGAUGAAUUAUAUGCCACCAUUAUCCCAUCAUUUAUUACAAGAUAAUUCAUCAUAUUUAUCGUGUAAUGUUUUCAAUCCACCGUUAUGUAAACUAGGUAGUGUUUCUUCAGAUGAGAAGUCAUUAUCUUUACAUGAGACUUCAUCCACUUCUUGUCCUCUAUCAUCUUCAUAUUCACCUUCUGUUAUUCCCCGUUGCACAUCUUUAAAGACAUUAUCUUCAUAUCCUUCUUUCACACAUUGUGGCAUACCACUUACUUCAGCUAGUACACCUACUUUCUCUAAUGCUUCAACACCCCACAUGUCACUUCAACCACAUUCUUCAUCCUCAAUAUCCUCAUCAUCUCCACCUUCAUCAGGAACCAGAUUUAUGCAUAAACACUUGGAUAUUUCUCCAUUGAAUUAUUCAUCGCUAUUAUCUAAUAGUAAUUCUUCAACAUUAAUUGAUUUUAUAGAUUCAAAAAACCCAUCAGAAUUUAAUAAAACAAUUGAUUCAAAUUUGUUAAUUCAACAUGUACACCAACAAAAACGAAAUCGUAAACGACGAAGUGGUUUACAUCAAGUUUUCGAGAAUGACUGUUUCAACAAUGGAACAAAUUUUUAUCUAGGCAUUACUGCCAGACAAAAGCGUAUGCGUACAUCUUUUAAACAUCAUCAGUUGAGAACAAUGAAAGCAUAUUUCAAUAUAAAUCAUAAUCCUGAUGUUAAAGAUUUAAAAGUAUUGACAGAGAAGACAGGAUUGUCAAAACGUGUUCUACAAGUUUGGUUUCAAAAUGCUCGAGCAAAAUAUCGACGUAAUUUAGUGCGUCAAGAGAAUGCUCCAACAUCUGUAAAUAAUAAUAAUCAGAUCAGUAACAGUUUAACAAGCGGUUUAAUCACAUCUUCUAAUGGUGGUUCUUCAGAAAUAAUAGUCAACUCAAUUUCAGAAUGUGACAGUCAGUCUAGCCAAAUCAAUCCAGAUGAAUUUACUAUAAGUCAGACGACACCAUCAUCAACAUCACCACAUAAAGACGAUCUGGUACAAGAUGAUGAUGAUGACGAUGACAACAUGGACAAUGAAGAUGACGAUGAAGAAGGGGACGCUAUUAGUCAUAUUGAUCAUAAACUAGAACAGAACAAAAUAAUGGAUGUUUUAAACAAGACUGAUUGUCAAACAAACACAAACAUACAAUCAAAACAGUGUGAAAAUUCUGAUUUAAUUGAUUUUGACGAUAAUCCUAAUUACCUCCAUUUUCAUGAUCGUCAUCUGAUGAAUGAUUUGCACAAAUUAACUUCACACAAUGAACAAAAACCACCGAUACAACAGCAACAAUCAUCGAUCGAUUUCGCAUCAUGCAACAUGUCGGUUAAUUCAUUCACAUUAAAUUCUGCCUAUAAUACAGAUCAUCUGUUGAUGUCACAAAACAAUAAUAAUAAUAAUAAUGAUAAGAGUAAUUAUAAUUUACUGCAUACAAAUAAAAUAUAUCUUGAAAAUGAACAUCAGCUAACUACAAAUAUGACCAACUAUACAGAUAAAUUGAAUAAUUUUGUUUUACCAAAUAAAUGUCGUACAGUUAACCGUUUCACAUUAACUGGUAUUCAUUAA